CCGGAAAUGCGUGGUCUAGCUUUCUGUGUGCUUAGGUGCCCGAGCUACUGAGGGUCUAAGUCCGGGCAGCUGAAGAGUGUGGUAGGUAACGGUCGUCAGCGCAAGGGUCAUUUCGUCGCUGGGAAGGGACGGCCCUCGCCCGCGGUGAUGGUGGUUAGCAAGAUGAACAAAGAUGCGCAGAUGAGAGCAGCGAUUAACCAAAAGUUAAUAGAAACUGGAGAAAGAGAACGCCUCAAAGAGUUGCUGAGAGCUAAAUUAAUUGAGUGCGGCUGGAAGGAUCAGUUGAAGGCACACUGUAAAGAGGUAAUUAAAGAAAAAGGACUAGAACACGUUACUGUUGAUGACUUGGUGGCUGAAAUCACUCCAAAAGGCAGAGCCCUGGUACCUGACAGUGUAAAGAAGGAGCUCCUACAGAGAAUCAGAACAUUCCUUGCUCAGCAUGCCAGUCUUUAAGGGGGAAUUAGAAUGUGCUGGUCUGUGGAUUUAUUUCUGAAAGUAAAACUUGCCAUAAUUAGAAAUUGAUUUCCCAAAAUAAAGUCCUUUUUUGUAUGAUGGUAUACAGUUUUCAGUAAUGAUGUAUACAUUGUAUUGAUUUUUUCCCUAAAUGUGUUAUUUUAAUAAAUAUCUCAUGAAUAAGCUUCAAUUUUUUAUUUUAAAAUAAAUGGGACUCUGUUUAUUACUGAUUGCCUAGAAAUGUUGAGAGAAAUAUGCCAGCAGUUAUUAUAAUCCAGUAUUUAUAUGUGUGAUUCUCUGUGCUAACGUCUGAGGCGCCUUUCUGGGUUGUCUACAUAUGGUUUGUUCUUUUGAAUCCUCACAUUUGAUAACUGUGAUGCUCCACCUUUGUACUGUAGGUCGUCUUAAUUUCUUACUUGUUACAAAUUCUGAGGGUUAGGACUGGGUCUUACUUAAUCUGUAUGUGCCUUCCUUAUGCUUCAAAGAAAUUACCAUCUAAUGGAAGACAGAACAUUUGCAAGCUGGCUGCACACCACAUUUUCUACUCAUCUGAACUUUGAAAGCAGAAUCUCUAAAUUGCAUCCCCAUAUACUGAGGUCAAGAAAGAACUUUAAUGGGAAAUAAUCUCUGCCAAUUAGCUUUACUCUGACAUCAAUCAGGAUUAAGAGAUCUAACGGACUCUUGUCUAAUAAUGUGACCUUUGACGCAGAGUGAUUAUGUUGACCACUUGGAACUUUGCAUCCCCUUCCUCACACUGCUUUUCCUACCAUAGGAACUUUCUGGUAUUUUGUGGAGUACUUUUUGCUGUAUGUAACUAUUAAGUAAUGUUUCGUUGGACUUUAUCUUGAGUCCUCUGGCUAACAGUAUGCUUUCCCUGGUUGAGUCCCAGGCAGUGAGUCUGACCAUGCUUCAGAUAUCAACAGAUACAUGUUGAACACUCACAGCCAGACUUAUUUCUAGCCUCACUGCCCAUGUACCCCAACAAUGGGUCUGCUUCCUUGGAUAUUUCACAAACACCUUUAAAUGACCAUACUUUAAGUAGUAAGAUUCUCCCCUAAUAACUACCCAUGUUUUUAUUCCUUAUUCAUGGGGUUUCUCAGAUGUAGAUGACUCAAGAUGAAUAUUAAUGCUGUUUCCGAAGGUCGGAGGGAAGAGACAAGAUUACUUCUGAAACACCCAUAGUUUUGUGUUACUGCUGCUGAUUGAUUGAGGACCAGCUAUAAACUUGGAUUAUCCUUUCUGGCCCUCCUCAGCCCAAGUGAUUGCAAUGACUCCUCCGUGCCUCCACUAUCUUCCUCACCGUUUUUCUGUGUGGCCUUAGGAAAUUCAAGUCUGAUCAUUUUAUUCCCCCACUUGAAAUGUUUCAAUACUGAAUGAAAUUCAAACUCGGCAUGCUAGCUAGGCCCCUCUAAAUCUAGCAUGUAUUUAUCGCUCCAGUUUGUAAAAUCCCUCAACAUAUUAAAUUGUUCCAUUCCUCGGUACCUUUCAUCUAGGAAGCCCUUUAAGUCACCAUAUCACUACUUUCCCUUCAAAGUUCAGAUUGAGUUUUUAAAUAUUCUGAAACACCCAUGGUUUAAAUUCCUUGUCACUGAUUUAUUUUUGGAUUUUUGAGAUAGGCUGUCCCUGUAUAGGUCAGCCGGCCUCAAAGUCUGUCUCUGUGUAGCCCACACUGGCCUUGAGCAUGAAUCCUGAGAGUGGGGAGUACAGGGAUAUUAAUACAUGUGGAGGGAAGGAAACAAGUUCAUUAUAUGGUUCUCAUUUCUGAAAGAUGGGUAAGGCAAUGAAUGAACUAAGGGAGCAUUACAAGAUCACGUGACAAAAGUCCUACUAAAUGGGUACAGUUGAGAAAAGGGUUCAUUGUCCACACAAUGUCAUCGGUUUAAAUGUCAUUGAGUCAUUUACAUAACUAUAUUUGGGUCUCUAAAUAUGUACACAAAAUCUUGCCCAAGGUAAUAUUUUGUUUCAGUUUUAUAAUGUUCUAAAAUAUUGAUAAGAAUUUUCAUUUUGUUGCCAAUUAUGAAAAAAUUACUCUUACAUGGUACACAGAAAAUAGUAAAAAUAAGGGGUAGUUCUUCAUAAUUCUGUACAUAGAAACAAACCAAAAAGGCUUAUAAAGAUACUAUUUUAAUAUCCCAAAAGAUUUAAAAACGACAUUUGGAAAUUCCGUGACAAUGAGAAAAAUAGCUAAGUUGAAAAUACUUUGUAGAAAUUUAAGGUAAGAGCAUAAUUUUUUUUUCUUUUAGUGUUAUUGGGGCGGGGUGUUGUUUUGGGUUUUGGUUUUUGGUUCAUUUUGAGACAGGGUCACAUGUAGUCCAGGCUUUCCCUGUACUUGCUAUGUAGCCUAGGUAAGCCUUGAAUUCCUGAUCCUCCUACCUCUACCUCCCAAGUGCUGGGAUGACAGGUGUGUGCCACCUCUGGGGCCCAUAACAGCCUAGAUUUAAAACACUGCUAAGACUCCCUACCACCUUUCUCUUUGGCAUCUUAAAAAUGUCUUGUAGAUUGAAUCUAGAAUCAUUGGUAUUUGUAAAUAAAUCAACUUUGUGAACA